AUGGGGUCUGGUUAUAGUAGUGCUACACCUAUGAGUGAAAUUGAUUUUGAAUCGUACAAGGGUCUGCGCUACACGAAUGCUGUGCCCAAUUCGGGGGACGCCAUGCACGGACCCACGUAUCAAGUGCCUAAUACCGUGACUGUCGAUGAAGCGCAGCAGACGCUGUAUCAUAAUUUCUUACGUGGCUGGAGUCGUGAGGGUGGUGCUCGUCCGUGCUAUGGCCGUCGUGUGGUCAACCCCAUUACUGGAAAAAGUGGAUCUUUUCAAUGGAUCACCUAUAGUGAAGUCAAGUCACGUAUGGACGACUUGGCGUCGGGGUUGACACGCAUUUGUGGGUUAAAACGUCAAGAUAAUGUCGGCAUCUUUGCGAAAAAUCAAAUUGAAUGGUGUUUAGUGGCACAUGCAUGUGAUCGGAUGGCAUACGUCGUCGUGCCUCUAUAUGAUACACUUGGACCCGAUGCAGUGCCCUUUAUUGCGAAUCACACGGAGCUUCAAGUGUUGUUCUGUGGCAUGGAUCAGUUUCAGAUUGUAAUGAAGUGUAGAGAAGCCUGUCCUAAACUUAAGACAAUUGUCCAGUUUGGGCCUGUCACGGACGAACAACGACGUGUAGCCAUGGCCAAGAAUAUUGAGCUUAAAAGCUUGAGUGACUUGGAACUUAUUGGACGAGCAGAGCCGGUGCCGGCGGACCCCCCGCUCCCAACAGACAUUUCGACGUUGUGCUAUACGUCGGGAACUACUGGAGAUCCUAAGGGUGUUAUCCUAUUGCACCGAAACUUUACGAUCAUUAGCAUGUUGGCAGGAGAGAGACUGAGCGUGGAUGCGACGGACGUACACUUGUCGUACUUGCCAUUACCCCAUGUGUUUGAACGGGCAGUUAUUGGAGCUCUCCUCCAGAACAGCGCGGCUGCUGGAUUUUAUCAGGGAGAUGUGUUGUUCCUGAUGGAGGAUCUCGCGGAACUGGCUCCAACACUAUUUGUGUCGGUACCGAGACUUUUCAAUCGAGUGUACGACAAGAUUAGACAGGGUGUUGUAGCUGCAGGAGGACUGAAGAAACUUAUGUUCGACCAGGCGUACGCAAGCAAGCGCGCGGGAUUAAGUGCGGGCUACAAGACCCACGCACUGUGGGAUGCAUUGAUCUUUGCUAAGCUUCGUCAGGUACUAGGAGGACGAGUUCGUAUUAUUCUAUCUGGGUCUGCUCCGCUAAGCGCUGAUGUGAAGGAGUUCAUGAAGAUUGUCUUCUGCUGCGAUGUCGUGGAGGGAUAUGGACUCAGUGAAACAGCAGCCGGUGUGACACUUGCCUCGGGUGAUAUGCCAUUGGGGCCGCACGUUGGUCCGCCACUCGUUCGAAUGCAAGUGUGUCUCGAAGAUGUACCUGAGAUGGGAUACACUAGCAAAGAUAAGCCUCGCCCGCGUGGAGAAGUUCUUACGAAGGGUCCGUUGUUAUUUGCUGGAUACUACAAGCAGCCGGAGAAGACGGCUGAAGUGAUUGAUGAAAAUGGGUGGUUCCACACGGGUGAUAUUGGUUGCUGGAAUGCUGAUGGCACACUCAGUAUUAUUGACCGCAAGAAGAACAUCUUUAAGCUAUCGCAGGGUGAGUAUGUCGCUGCUGAGAAAGUUGAGGGAGUUUACCUCAAGAGCAAGUACGUUGCCCAGAUCUUCAUUUAUGGUGACUCACUUAAGAGCUCUCUCGUGGCAAUUGUGGUGCCCGACCCUGAGAUAGCCGAAGCCUGGGGGAACGCGAACGGUCUAUCAGGCGAUCAUGCUACCGUAGCGCAGUUAGUUGGCAACAAGGCCUUCAAAAAGGAGGUGCUGGAAGAUAUGGCGGUGAUCGCAAAGGAAGCACAACUUCGUGGCUUUGAGUGUGUCAAAGAGGUACACUUCCACCCGGAUCCGUUCUCGAUGGAUGAUGGUCUGAUAACACCUACCUUUAAGCUGAAACGCCCGCAACUCAAGGCGCGCUUCCAAGCAGAGAUUACGCACAUGUACCAGGGUCUCUAA